AUGGACGCCCUUGUCUACCGAAAGAACACUGUGCCCGAGCGCCAGCGCGCCCUCCAGGCCGACCCCCGCCCUGUCUUCCAGCGCCUGCCCCGCUCCAGGCUCUACAUGGGUCUCUUCAUGACCCUCUUCGGCGUCGGCAUGUACGGCACCACCGUCGGCUUCUACAACAUGGCUGUCGUACGUAUCCCGCAACCGCCUCCACGUUGCAUCGACCUUUCCGCCAGAACGGAAGCACCAUUGUGCUCUUAUGUGCAGUCACUGACCCUCUUGCCUCCUCCAAUAUUCACACCGUUCGGCGAUCCUCUAUCACAGGGCAAGAAGAGGAAGUAA